AGGAGACGAUGACGAAUCGGACAAGUAGAGUCACUCGGGGAGAGUUGGGUCUGUCAGUGGGUCGGGUCAGUAAUGCUGUGAGCUUGUCGGUGGUUGGUCAGUAAUGCUGUGAGCUGGUCUGUGGUCGGGUCACUUAUGCUGUGAGCUGGUCUGUGAUUUGGAUCAGUAAUGCUGUGAGCUGGUCUGUGGUUGGAUCAGUAAUGCUGUGAGCUGGUCUAUGGUUGGGUCAGUUAUGCUGUGAGCUGGUCUGUGGUUGGUCAGUAAUGAACAAUGUGAGCUGUGAUGCUGUCAGUGAUCCUGUGUUCACUCAGGAAGGUCCCUUAGUGACUUGAGCUAAUCGCAGGUGGUAAGUUCCCCCCCCCCCCCCCCCCCACACACACAUUACCUGACCUUGCCGUACCUAGCUAAAGAGGGUGUGGCCCCGGUAUGAUUGUCAGAAUGACUGUAAAAGCUGUUUAAGUGUUAUUCACUGACUCAGUGUGUUCCGGUGGUGCAUGUCCUUCCUGCUCAUAUAAACUCAAGGGGCUGCUAGGUGUAUGUGUGUGUGUGUGUGUGUGAGAGAGUGAGAGAGUGAGAGUGUCAUGGUGUGUGUAGUUACUCACUGACUCAGUUGUGCUCCGGUGGUGCAUGUCCUUCCUGCUCAUAUAAACUCAAGAGAGAGAGAGGCUUUCCCUUCUUUGAUUUGCUUUUCUCUGCUCCGCAUUAGCUGGGAUUUGGAGUUGUAAUCUUUGACGUUAGAUGUGCAGACAGGGGUCCAUGACCAUGAGCCAGUCCACGGCGGGCGAGGGCACGACUGCCCAGCCUGCGGCUAACUCGGGCUCCCAGUAUGCCCUGUGUGCGCUGGGCGUGGGCCUGGUUGCGCUGGGCAUCGUGAUGAUCGUGUGGAGCGUGGUGCCCGUGGACGGCACCACCAACAGCAGCCGGCCGGGCCUGGACGCGCAGGGACGCACCUCCUCGGUGGCCUUCGUGCUGGUGGGCGCCGGAGUGACCAUGCUGCUGCUCUCACUGUGCCUGGGCAUCAGGAACAAGCAGCGACGCGCAGGGGAGCCGGCCCACGGACUGCCCACUGCCUACGACACACAGGCCUCUAUAGAGGACUCUGCCCACGUACUGGAGGAGCGCUUCACGGUGCCCAGCUAUGAUGAGGUGGUUGGUGGCAGCGCUCCGUUCCCCUCCGACACGCCCCCUGCUGGCCGGAGCAACAGCGCGUCCCAGCUGCCCUCGUACGAGGAUGUGUUGGAGGGAGGCCAGGUGGUGGUGGUGGACGUCAGCCUGCCCCAGCCCAACGCGGCCACCGGGGGGCGCUGGAACGGACGCGCCACCCACAAGCUGCUGCCCCUCAAGAUCCGCAGCAUCAAGUCGGAGAAGCUGCGCCUGAAGGGUGCGUCCAGCGCGCCGAAUUCUCCGCAGCCCGUCACCGUCUUCAGCAUUGAGCCGCUGACCCCCCCGCCACAGUACGACGACAAGCCCCCCCAGCUCUGAUGGACCCACACGGACACACGCAGUGCAUGCUGGGAAGGUGAUUGAGAUGGAGCUGCCACUCAUCUCAUUGUGGGAGCCCUCUCCUGGCCUGCCAUUGGCUGGGGCACCUAUAGAAGAGGGCGUGGCUAAAUGAGCUGCUAAUGGUCAGUAACCUGGAUAUUCCUCUGGUGCGUUUGAGACAGACAGAAGACACACACACACCCACACACGCCUGGAUAUUCCUCUGGUGUGUUUUACUGACCGAGUGACUUAGAGACAGAGUGGACACACACACACACACACAC